CACACACACACCCAACCAGAAGAACCAAACUCCAAAAUCCUCACACACAGACACCGAAAUGGAGGACUCCGCUUCCCCCUUACCCCCAUCUAAAAACCCUAGCUCUAAAUUGAUUCCCAAGUCUAGUAAUGGUUCGAGGAACAUAAUCCAUAUAGGUGGAAUACCGGUGGAGUUCCCGUAUCAGCCGUACGGCACGCAGCUGGCGUUCAUGAAUCGGUUGAUCUCCACGCUGGAUCGGUCGCAGAGGGAUGGUCACUGCCACGCGCUGCUGGAGUCGCCUACUGGCACUGGGAAGUCGCUGUCGCUGCUUUGCUCUGCUCUCGCGUGGCAGCAGAAUCAGAAGUUGAAGAAUGUUCAUGCCAAUUUGACGCAUUCGAGCACGCGGGCUAACCCUGAGGCUGUGUCGGACCCGAUUAAUCAUGGAGGUGGCUUCAUUCCUGAGACUCAGCCAUCAGGAAAUCCAGUAACAUCUCCACGUGUUACAAUGAAUGCCAAAAAGGAGAAGAAAAGAUUGGCACCUACUAUCUUUUAUUCUUCGAGGACGCAUACACAAAUCAGUCAAGUGAUCAGGGAAUACAAGAAAACUUCUUACCGGGUUCCCAUGGCAGUUUUGGGAUCAAGGAAACAUUAUUGUACAAAUCCAUACUUGCGUGGUGAAGAUAAAGUUGAUGAACAAUGUAAGUUGCUUCUGAAGAAUAGAGAUGAUACCUGCCCAGAAUUCAAAAAUGUUCAUAAAGUCAAAGGUCAUCCUUCACUUCAAAAAGGAGGCUGUCAUGAGGUCCAUGAUAUUGAGGACCUUGUCAAAGUUGGGCAAGUAGUCAAAGGGUGUUCAUAUUUUGCCGCUCGUUCAAUGGCACAAGAUGCGGAAUUAGUCUUUUGCCCAUAUAACUACAUUGUUAACCCAGUCAUCCGGGACGCAAUGGAAGUUGACAUCAGCGGGAGCAUUAUCAUUUUUGAUGAAGCACAUAAUAUAGAAGACAUAGCUCGCGAUGCUGGAAGUAUCGAUCUUGAUGAAGAAGUUUUGCUCCAUUUGCAGACAGAACUCGGGCAGCUGAGCCUGAACGAUAGCAUGACUUACCAACCUUUAUUUGAGAUGACACAGGACAUCUUGAGUUGGAUUGGCCGGAGAAAGAAUACCUUAGUAAAACGUGAAUUUCGGAAUUAUUUCCGUUGUUGGACUGGAGAUAAGGCUCUAAAGGAGCUAGAAGAGGCUAAUAUGUCACUCCAGAGUUUUCCAAUAUUGCAAGAAUGUGCCAAAAAGGCUAUCAGAGCUGCUUCCGAAGCUGAGCCUGAUAUCGCUCACAUAAGCGGAAUAGCAGCAAUUACACUGGAAGGAUUGUUCUCUUCACUCAAUUACUUCUUUGCUGGUAAUGGCGCUCAUGCCUAUGAUUAUCAACUAGCAUUACAAAGAUUUGUGAAGAAAGAUGAAGGUGGUUGGACAACAACAUUCAACUUGUGGUGCUUGAAUCCAGCUGUUGUUUUCAAAAGCAUUGCUGAAUCUUCUCAAUCUGUGAUUCUAACUUCGGGGACCCUAUCACCAUUAAAUACUUUCUCGUCUGAACUUGGCAUUCAGUUUGGCACUUGUCUCGAAGCUCCACAUGUCAUAGAUGUUGAUUCACAGGUAUGGGCAGCUGCAAUUGCGAAUGGUCCUGGUAACUAUCCACUGAAUGCAAGUUACAAAACUGCAGAUGAAUAUGCUUUCCAGGAUGCAGUUGGGUUGUCUUUGGAGGAAAUAUGCAAAAUUGUUCCUGGUGGAUGCCUGGUUUUCUUUCCUAGCUACAAACUGCUAGAUAAAGUAAGCACCAGGUGGCAAGAAACUGGUCAAUGGUCUCGACUAAAUGCUCAGAAAUCGUUUUUUGUGGAACCAAGAGGAAGCACCCAAGAUUCUUUUGAGCGUGUUUUAAAGGGUUACUACAAUUCAAUUCGUCAGGGCAGAAGACAGGUUAGUGGAAGAAAGAUACGGGGAAAAAAGUUAGGUCUUACGAAUGGCAAUAUGGUGGAAUCCCAAAAAGAUUCUAAGAAGGAUGGUGCUGCUUUUCUCGCAGUUUGUCGAGGCAAGGUAUCUGAAGGGAUGGAUUUCUCAGAUGACAAUGCCAGGGCUGUCGUUAUAGUUGGGAUUCCCUUUCCAAACAGUUAUGACAUUAGAGUUGCACAAAAGAAAAAGUUCAAUGAUACAUACGAGUUGUCAAAAAACCUUUUAAGUGGGAAUGAGUGGUACUGUCAGCAAGCCUUCAGGGCUCUAAACCAAGCUACAGGUCGUUGCAUACGACACAGGUUUGACUAUGGAGCUAUCAUCUUCUUAGAUGAGCGGUUCCAUAAAGAUAGAAAUAGAGCAUACAUAUCAAAGUGGGUGCGCAAUUCAAUCAGACUGUACAGCUGUUUUGAGGAAUCACUGGACAGCUUGAAGUCCUUUUUCAGAGAUGUGAAAGAUCGUAUUGGUAUAGCUGCACAAUCAUCAGAAGAUCUGGAUGCAGACUGCUUGAACAUCAAAUCUGUAGAUAAGAAAAAUGAUACGACGAAGAAAAAUAGUAAAGUCACAAAAUCUAGUCGUUGCCAACAAGAAGUAGGAUCAAAUGAGAAUUUCAUAGGUGAAGAAUCUGCUCGGUUGACCCAUCCUUCAGUCCCUGUUACAAAGUACAAUACUCUGUCUACUCAAACAACUGAAGUUGUGAUGCUAACGGAUGAUAAAGAUGCUAGUGUUUGCACAGAGUACAUCGACCUAGAGUGUGAUUCUGAAAAGGAAUUGAGGUGGUCUGCAACACCCUCAGUUGCAUUUUCCUCAGUUGAUCUUGAACUUACAAUAGUUAAAGAAACGCCUGAUGUGAGUUUCAGGAGUCCUAAGACUACUCCUAAGUUCUUUUCCAAGGAUGAUUACUCAAGUCCAAGUACAAACCAUCGGUUCAUUGCACUCCCUCAGCAAUCUUCAUUUCAACCAAGCUCUGUCCUAAAUUUACAUGCUGAUUCUACUAACGUCAUGUGUUCAACAGCAGUUGCCACUCCCAAGAUGGAAAUCACAUCUGAAGAGACCAGCAUAAAACCUGAAGCAGAAUCACCCUGGAGUGUGAAUUCUAGUGUUUGGAAAAGGAGAAAAGUCAUAGAUUUGUCAUUAGUAGGCCCUCUCAAUGAAUUUAAUGCUCCUCAAAUUCCUGAUAGGUUUAGUUUGACUAGUUCAGUAACAACUGCUGAUCCAACACAUAGAACUGAGGACAUGAAUCAUUCGGAGAAUGGGUGUUGCAGGACUAAAUCCUUCCAAUCGUCAGCGCCUAGUUGUUCUGAUCAAUCCCAUGUGCCUUCUGGUCGUAAUAUGAACGAGAAACUACAAAUAUUCUGCUCACGCUGCAAGAAUCCGUUGGGUCUUCCUGAAAAUGAUUUUUCUGUUAUGUGUACAGUCAUUUCAACAUCUAAAGUUCAUUUAAUGUCUUUGAAAAAGAAUACUUCAGAAACUGUUGCUUUAAGUACAUCAACGGUGGACGUUUUGGUAUGUGAUACAUCCUAUCUCGAUCAGCGUCUUGCAACAACUCGUGAAGGUGCUUCCGGACAGGGGAUUUGGUGCAAGGAAGAUGGGUGUGUAUUUAACUCCAUUUUCUGCCCCUUCUGUUUUGACCGUGAAAACUGUCUUGGUGUUCAGGUUGUCGCCACUGAUGGUUUGAAUGUCAAGUUCCAAAACAAGAUAUUAUUAUAUGUGGAUCAAUUGGAGGUUAAGAAUUUUGAAGCAGAGACUAAAAAUUUUAAAGGAGAAAAAGAAGAGGCUUUAUCUUUACAUAGUGACUCAAGCAUUGCAAAAAAUGUGGCUGUCUGCACCUUCGAGAAAUUUGCAUAUGUUUCACCAGUUCAAGAUUCAGGAGGCUGGCGGAACACAAAAUCACGGAUGAGACUGCCAAAGAAGGCCUAGAUUGCUUCUUCACAAACUGGAUGCAGGAAACUAGCUGUGAAUGCCACACAAUAUCUUAUUUGCAGUCACACAAGAUGUCUACUACUAUGAGAAGCACUCAGUGAGUAGAUUGUUGUUAAGUUAUUGUGUGAAUUGGAUGAGAGUCUGCUCGUCAGCAUCCUGCUAAGCUUUUGAUAUGUUGAGAAUGUAAAUAAGAAUCAAACAGGCUAUACCUCUGGUUCUCCAAGCUGAUCUUUCUGUGGCAACCAGGUUUUGAUGCAUAUUUGCUAACUAUGCUUCCUGCCUGGAAUGAGGUAAGUUUUGGUGGAUAAGGAAUUGGUCAGUCACAUACCAGUUGAUGCUCUUGAUGGGAAAAUUCUUAUCUGCUUUAGAUUUUUCAUAGAUUAAGUUAUGCCAUUCAGCAAUGGAAACCCAUUUUGUGGUGGAGAGACAAGAAUCACCCACCUGUCUUUGUGUAAGAAAGUGUUUUCCAGAAGGAAGACUGACGGGACAAAUAUGAUGGUUGAGAUCUGGGGGUGUAUGUAAAUAGACGGUACUAUCAUUUUUUCCAUUACAUGUAUGUAUGAUGCUAAGUCUUUUAUUGGACAGAAUAUUCUCUUGUCUUGUGUGUCUAUUACUGCAAUAAUUACGACAGGGACGCCCU